AUGUUCGCUCACCCAGCCAAUACUUCAGCUGCCAGCGAUAAUGUUUCAAAGGCAAAACUUCUCAAAAUGCUGAACGCCGAGAGAAAGGAGAAUGCUUCGAAAGAUCAACUCAUCGAGUCUCUGAAAAAUCAAUUGGCUUCCGGAGGAUCCCAAAAGAUCAUGGAGUUCUACAGAACAAGUGUCGAGGAUCUUCAAACCAAAGUGAUGAGACAAGAAACAAUUAUUAUGGAGCAGAGUAAAACCAUUGAGAUGUUGUCUAUUGAACGAAGUAAAUCAGUUAAGGUUCACGAGGAUCAGAUCAAUGAGAUGCAGGAAGUUAUGGACAAGAAGGUUAAACAAUUGGAAGAAAAUUACGAGGAGAGACUGAAAGAGUCAGGUAACGAAUCAACUGCUUCGUUUGACAAGGAAUCCAGAGAUGAUUCAUUGGAAGAUUUUGUUGAAGUUUCCAUCAACGAGAUUCUUGAAACUGCGGAAUCAAAGAGGAAGCUCAAAGAAAGAAUCAAUCAUAUGGAGACUCAUUGUAUGACAAUGCUCAAAGAAACAAUGGAAGAUAAUAAGCUCUAUUCUGCACAACUCAAGGAUCAAAAGAAACAAUUUGAAGUACUUCAAAACGAGAAGGCUCAAUGGGAAAAGAAGGAGAUCCAACAAACAAUGGAAUUGGAAAAUUUGAGGUUGAGACUGAGAGACAUUGUGAGUCUCGAAAAUUUAAUUCUGUAA